CUGGUCCUCAACAGUUCAUACGCGGUCCUGCGCCUGGUCAGCGCGCGACGGGCGUUCGUGCUGCUGGUGCGGCAGGCCGCCGAGGUGAUCACCAUCGACGGCGGCCACUAUGAGUCCUUCGACUUCGCCAGGUGGACGGACCGGUCCUUCGUCCUCGCCGGGGCAGGCGACGACCAUCUAGACUGGGUGCACACGGCGACGCUGACGCUUGCCGUGCCGCGCAUCAUCCGGUUGACGGAUUAUCACGGCUUCCCGCGGCAAGGGGUGGCCCUGACGCGGCGCAACGUCUACGCCCGCGACGGCAACGUCUGUCAAUACUGCGGCAAGCGGCUGGCAGCCCGCCAACUCACGAUCGACCACGUGAUCCCGCGCUCGCUCGGCGGCACCGAGUCGUGGUCCAAUCUGGUCACCGCCUGCAUGCCCUGCAACACGCGCAAGGGCGGUCGGAGCCCGCGGUCCGCCGGCAUGCUGCUCACUCGCAGGCCCGUGGGAGCCACACCGGAAUCCGCUGAUCCUGCUGCGGCUGCGAAGCCCCAAGUACGACUCCUGGCGUGUCUUCCUGAACGAGCCGGCAGACCGGCUCACGGCAGGAGACUCGGGUUGCCGCGUGGCGCGUGA